CCCUUCUUUUUUUUCUUUUUUAUAAUAAUGUUUACGAGUCACACCACUCAGUAAUAUAGUACUACUUGUGAUAACUAUAGACUCAGAUAAUAAUAACUCUCUUUAGUCUUUACUUUCAUUGCAAUCUAGUUCUAUAGUCUCUCUCUUUGGAAAAGGAAAGAGAAAAAGUAGUGAAGAGAAGAGAAGAAACAUAGCAAGUACAAGGUCAUUGAAAAUGGGUCGUGGGAAGAUAGAGAUAAAGUUGAUUGAGAAUCCAACAAACAGGCAAGUGACAUACUCAAAGAGAAGGAAUGGUAUAUUCAAGAAAGCUCAUGAGCUUAGUGUUCUUUGUGAUGCUAAGGUCUCACUCAUCAUGUUCUCCAAAAACAACAAGAUGCAUGAAUACAUCACACCUGGUCUUUCUACAAAGAAGAUCAUUGAUCAGUAUCAGAAGACUUUGGGGGAUAUUGAUCUGUGGCGUUCUCACUAUGAGAAAAUGCUUGAGAACUUGAAGAAACUGAAGGAUAUUAACAAUAAACUUAGAAGACAGAUCAGGCAUAGAAUAGGUGAAGGUGGUUUGGAGUUGGAUGAUCUGAGUUUCCAGCAACUGAGAAGUCUUGAAGAAGAUAUGGUUUCUUCCAUUGCCAAAAUACGCGAGAGGAAGUUCCAUGUGAUCAAAACUAGGACUGAUACAUGUAGGAAAAAGGUUAGAAGCUUGGAGCAGAUGAAUGGAAACCUCCUUCUUGAACUAAAGGAAAAGUGUGUGAUCCAUCCACAAUUUCUUUUCCAUGAUGAAGGAGAUGAGGAAUCAGCAGUUGCAUUGGCCAAUGGUGCUUCCACCUUGUAUGCAUUCUGUCAACACCAUUCUCAUAUGAAUAUUCCUCACCACCAUGGAGGAGGAGGAGAAGCCUUUAAAAACGACGAUUUGCGCCUCGCUUGAUUAAUUAAUGGAACCAAGAUUAGUUUGUAAUCAUCUAGCUAAGUACUUGUUAAUUAGUUUGUAAUAUUAUUGCUUUAAACUUGAAGUUGGUUCCAAACUCUCCAUCUAGCUUAUUUGAUGAAUUUAGCAGAAGUGUGGUAAGAAAAACUGAAUGAAUGUAUUUAAUUUUAUCUAUAAGUUUAUGUUGCUGUGUGAGUAAGUUAUGUA